AUGGGAUCAUCUUUUUUGUUAUUCAUUGUUACCCUUUUGUUAUCUUGUUUUCUUGUACACUCUGGACCUCUUUCUCUUCAACCAUUAACUCCAAAUUUCACUGCUUCAAAUUUCAAGUUCAUUGAUACUUCUGGAUCAUUCUUGUCAUCACCAAAUGGAACUUUUAAAGCAGCAAUAACAAACACAAAAUCUCAAGAAAGAUCCUAUUACUUUGUCAUUGUUCACUCGGAAUCACAUGUAGUUGUUUGGUCAGCAAAUCGCGAUAUGCCUGUAUCUGAUUCAGGUGAGUUGCACCUUUCUGUCGAUGGCCUUGCUCUUUUUGAUGAUUCAGGUCACACCGUUUGGUCUGCGAAGCGUAGUAGUACUAGUAGUUCUGUUACUUCAAUGCAGCUUCUUGAAUCAGGAAACUUGGUGUUGGUUGAUGCUUUUAAUAAUACUGUGUGGGAAAGUUUUGAUUCCCCGACAGAUACAAUCGUUGUAGGCCAACGAUUGCCUGUUGGGAAAUCGUUGGUUAGUUCAGUGAACGAAGAUGAAAUUGCUAAAGGCGAUUAUAAACUUGUGGUUGUAGAGAAUGAUGCAAUGUUACAAUGGAAUGGAAUGACUUAUUGGAAGUUAAGUAUGGAACCUAAGGCUUUUACUGAUGCAUAUACUCUGGUGGAGUAUAUGAUGAUCAGUAGCAACGGGUUGUUCCUUGUAGGGGCGAAUGGGACGGAGAGAGUGAUUCAGGUUAUUUUGGAUGAGGUGAAAGAUCCUGACUUUAGGAUUGCGAAAUUGGAAGAGAAUGGACAUUUCGGUGUCAAACGAUUCAGUAACGGAAAUUGGAUGUCUGAAUUUGAUAGUCCUAUUGAUAGUUGUCGUGUUGCUUUCACUUGCAAGAAGCUUGGAGUUUGUGAUGAGGGGAGCUGUUCUUGCCCACCGGGAUUUCGUGUUAGUUCUGAGGUGAAUGGUAGUUGUGCUCCAGUUGAUAGAAAUCUGGUAAUGCCAGUUUCUUGUAAUGCAUCUUUGAAUAUGAAUGUAACUGAAUUGGGAAAUCGUGUUUCGUACUUGAGGCUAGAGAAUGGUAUGGACUAUUUUGCUAAUGAUUUUAUCGAACCUGUGAAGCGUGGUGUUAAUGUAUCUGCUUGUCAAGAUCUUUGUUCUAAGAAUUGUUCUUGCUUGAGUGUUUUUCAUGAUCAGUCGUCGGGGUCAUGUUAUAUGAUUGAAAAUUUUCUUGGUUCGAUUUUGAGGGGCUCGGAUUCUGGUAACGGAAGAGGUAGAUUGGGAUACGUUAAGGUCAUUUCUGAACCGUCAUCAUUUGAUCCAAAUGACAACUCAAGUGACAAGAGGUCAAGAUUACCCGUUGUUGCUUUGGUUUUACUUCCUUCUUCUGGGCUUUUCCUGAUCAUUGUGAUGAUGGCUGGGAUUAUGUGGUUGAUGAGAAGAAAAAGAUUGAUGCAGAUUUCAGGGAAAGAGUUUGGACGGACGGAUUCUUCUUUGUUUGCUGAGCUUGAUAACAUUUCCAUACUGGGGUUGCCUGUGAAAUUUGAUCAUGAGGAGAUUCGGGUAGCUACGGAGUGUUUUAGAAAUCAAAUUGGUACUGGUGGAUUUGGAACAGUAUAUAAAGGUACACUUUCUGAUGGAGCUGUUGUUGCUGUCAAGAAGAUGAAUGCUCUCGGGGCUCACGGAAAUAGGGAGUUUUGCACUGAGAUCGCGAUUAUUGGGAGAGUUCACCAUGUUAAUUUGGUCAGUUUGAAAGGAUUUUGUGCACAUAGGGGAGAAAGGUUUCUGGUGUAUGAAUAUAUGAAUCGAGGCUCAUUGGAUCGAACCCUUUUUGGACUUGGACCUGCCUUAGAUUGGCAUACCAGAUAUGAAAUCGCGCUUGGAACAGCACGUGGGCUUGCUUACCUGCAUGGUGGUUGUGAGCAGAAGAUCAUACAUUGUGAUGUGAAGCCAGAGAACAUACUCCUCCAUGACAACCUGCAAGUAAAAAUAUCAGAUUUCGGGCUUUCCAAGCUUCUUAAUUCUGAGCAGUCUAGUUGGUUUACCACGAUGAGAGGAACUCGAGGCUACUUAGCUCCUGAAUGGCUGACUAGCUCAGCCAUAACGGAGAAAUCAGAUGUCUACAGCUACGGAAUGGUGCUACUAGAAAUAGUACGAGGGAAGAAGAACUCCUCGUUCCAACCACCAAAUGACACUACUUCUCAAAGCGAAAGUAGUGAAAGGAACAGGCUUUCUCCAUCGUCUCUUGCCUCAGCAAAUCAGCCAAUCUACUUCCCAUUAUUCGCGUUGGAAAUGCAUGAACAGAAAAAGUACCUGGAGCUAGUGGAUCCUCGUGUUCUGGGGAGUGUCAAAAGUGAGGAAGUCGAGAAGCUAGUACGUGUGGCUUUGUGUUGUUUGCAUGAAGAGCCAACUCUGAGACCAACAAUGGCCAAUGUUGUUGGCAUGUUAGAAGGUGUGUUGCCUUUGGCUACGCCACAGGUUCAAUCACUCAAUUUUCUACGAUUUUAUGGUCGUAGAUUCACUGAAGCAUCAACUAUCGAUGGGGAUCAAGAGGUUAAUGUGUUUGAGUUACAUCAACAAAGCAGGAACCGUAGCAGUACUACUAGUAGCUCUUACAAUUCCUUCUCUUAUAUGUCUUCACAGCAAGUCUCAGGUCCAAGAUAG